GGUCUGGGAACAACUUGAGAAAGGAGGCCAUUCACUAGCCUGUUUUAGCUACACACACCUAGCUACUGUUAGCUAGCCGGCGGCUAACGCGCAAGCUAAUCGUCAGUUUGUCUUAAUGUCGCCCAUCUUACCAAGUGAUGGCAAGAGAACAGUGUUCACAAACCGAAGCUGAACUGUAUUACCUCAUUGCCAGAUUUCUGCAGUCUGGACCUUGUAAAAAAUCUGCACAGAUUCUGAUUGAGGAGCUGGAGGAGUAUGAGUUGGUCCCUGAACGAUGGAGUUGGGACGGGAAGAAAUACAAGCGGACCUUCCAAGAAUGGGUGAUUGUGAACCAGCACAUUCCUGCAGACUAUCUGCUCCAUGUUUGCCAGCGCAUAGGCCCUCUUAUAGAGAAGGAGAUCCCACCCAGCGUUCCUGGAGUCCAGACACUUCUGGGGCUGGGAAAACAGUCCUUGCUUCGUACCACCAAAAGUUGUAGCCACAAAGUAUGCAGUGGCUCAGCUGUCGCUGCACUCCACCGAGGACGUCCACCAGAACCUCCAGUCAGCAAUGGAAAUCCUCCCAAUGUUGUGUCCAUCAUGGGUGCGCGCCAGGCCACAGGCACCGCUCGUUUUGGCCAGGUCCUGCCAUCUUCCUCCUACCAACACAUGAAGAUACACAAACGUAUCCUUGGCCACCUUUCUUCAGUCUACUGUGUAGCCUUUGAUCGCACUGGUCGUCGGAUAUUUACGGGUUCUGAUGACUGCCUGGUGAAAAUCUGGGCCACAGAUGACGGACGACUCCUGUCAACACUCCGCGGCCACUCAGCAGAGAUCUGUGACAUGGCCGUCAACCACGAGAAUACUCUCCUUGCCUCAGCCAGCUGUGACAAAACCAUCAGAGUUUGGUGCCUACGUACCUGUGCACCCAUCACUGUUCUGCAGGCCCAUGGUGCCUCCAUCACAUCCAUACAGUUUUGUCCUGCUGUAAAAGGGACAACGCGGUACCUGGCCUCCACCGGUGCAGACGGCAUGGUGUGUUUCUGGAAGUGGCACUCGGUCAGCAUGAAAUUCAAUGAUCAACCAGUCAAGUUUGUUGAGCGGUCACGUCCAGGAGUACAGGUCUCCACUUCCUCCUUCAGUAGUGGUGGUAUGUUCAUGGCUACCGGUGGCACUGAUCAUUUGAUCAGGGUCUACUACCUUGGUGCUGAAACACCUAUGAAGGUCUCUGAGAUGGAUGCUCACUCGGAUAAAGUUGUAGUCGUCCAGUUUAGCAAUAACAGCGACAGCCUAAGGUUUGUAAGUGGCAGUCGCGACGGCACAGCCAGGAUCUGGCAUUACCAGCAACAAGAGUGGAAGAGUGUCACUUUAGACAUGGCUGCCAGGCUGCCUGGGAGUGCUGCUGUCAAUGGAGAUGAUAAAACCAAGCUGGUGGUGACCAUGGUGGCCUGGGACCGUGCAGAUAGCACCAUAAUCACAGCAGUGUCAAACUACCUGCUCAAAGUGUGGAGCACAACCACUGGACAGCUGCUGCAUGUGUUAUCUGGUCAUGAUGAUGAGGUUUUUGUGAUGGAGGCUCACCCGUUUGACUCCCGCAUCAUGCUAUCUGCCGGCCAUGAUGGCAACAUUUACAUCUGGGACCUGACCAAAGGAUCGAAAAUCCGCAACUUCUUCAACAUGAUUGAAGGGCAAGGCCACGGUGCUAUUUUUGACUGCAAGUUCUCAGCCGAUGGGCAGCAUUUUGCCUGCACUGACUCACACGGCCAUUUGCUCAUCUUUGGCUUUGGCUGCAGCAGACCAUAUGAGAAGAUUCCUGACCAGAUGUUUUUCCACACGGACUACCGACCUCUUAUUCGUGACUCUAACAACUACGUGCUGGACGAGCAGACGCAGCAAGCCCCACACCUCAUGCCUCCACCCUUCCUGGUGGAUGUUGACGGGAAUCCUCACCCUCCUCACUACCAGCGCCUGGUGCCAGGGAGAGAGAACUGCCAGGAGGAGCAGCUAGUACCCCAGCUAGGAUACAUGGCUAACAGCGAUGGAGAGUUGGUUGAGCAGGUACUUGGCCAGCAAACGGCAGAAAACAGAGAGAGCCUGUUGGACAAUCUCAUCAGACAGUUGCAGAACGAGCAGGACGAGCUUCAGAAUGCAGAAGUGCAGGCAGAAGAGGCAGAGGGUAUGUUGUACUUUACAUCACCUGAUGCAGCAGAGACGGUGGCCUCCUCCCCAGCUGCUGGAUCACGCAGAAGCGGGCAGGUGGAUGGCGUGUGGCAGAUGCCGCAUAAUGCCCUGCGUAGUCAAGUGGCCACCGAGAGAGACUUGCUGGCCUGGAGCCACAGAGUGAUGGUCAACGAAGUGCCGCAUGGGACAUUCAGAGCUUUUGAGGAGUGCAGACGAGCAAAAGGCGACAUGGAGUGUUCUCUAUACAAUGCAGAGAGGAGGAAGAAACCAGUAACGUGCACUCCCAAGAGCGAUCCAAUGAAUUCCCGCCUGCGCUCCCUGCGGCCGACCAAGAAGAAGCAGCAGCGGCACGCCUAUCAGACGCGCUCAGCCCAAGUCCGCCGUCCUGGGACCAGGAGUCGAGUUCCCAACAACCGACGUAACUCUGACAGCCAGAUAGACUCUGACAGUGAUGGAGAUGCAGCGGAACAGGUGGAGCAAAGUGAAGCCUCUUCUGAUGGUGAAGCUCAGUGGCAGAGUGAAAGCAGUUCCAGUAACUCCUCCAGUGAAUAUUCUGAUUGGACAGCCGAUGCUGGGAUCAAUCUCCAGCCGCCAAAGCGACCAACCAGGAGGCCCGUACAGCCCCAGGGUUACAGCAGCUCUGAGGAGGAAGAAGGCGAUGACAAGGCAAAGGAGGCCAAGAAGAGGGACAAUGAGAAGAGGAAGAAGCCCAAGGAGACCAAACAGAAACCCACGUCCUCUCUGGCUGGACUUGAUGCGGAGGAGUGGCUGCCACCAUCGUGGAUAAUGGAAACUAUCCCACGCCGCUCUCCUUUUGUUCCACAAAUGGGAGAUGAGCUCAUGUACUUCAAACAGGGCCAUCAGGCCUACGUACGGGCUGUCCGCAGGGCCAAGGCAUACAGCAUCAAUCCUCAGAAACAGCCGUGGAACAAACUCGACAUCAGGGACCAGGAAUCUGUGAAGGUGGUUGGAAUUAAAUAUGAAGUGGGACCUCCCACCCUCUGCUGCUUAAAACUGGCUUUCUUGGACCCAGUCUCAGGGAAGAUGACCAAUGAUUCUUUCUCCUUAAAGUACCAUGACAUGCCUGAUGUCAUAGAUUUCCUGGUACUGCAACAGUUUUACAAUGAGGCUAAAGAGCACAACUGGCAGCCAGGUAUGAGGUUCCGGAGCAUCAUCGAUGACGCCUGGUGGUUUGGCUCUGUGGAGGACCAGGAGCCUCUGCAGCCGGAGUAUCCAGAUAGCCUGUUUCAGUGCUUUGCAGUAAAGUGGGAUAAUGGUGAGCGGGAGAAAAUGAGUCCCUGGGACAUGGAGCCUAUUCCUGAGGAAGCUGCAUUGCCAGAACAGGUUGGUGAUGGCGUGGAGGUGGCAGAGGAGGAGAUAAAGGCUCUACUUUACAGGCCUCAGGAAGGAGAAUGGGGGGCUCACACACGAGAUGAAGAGUGUGAGAGAGUCAUCCAUGGCAUCGAUCAGCUUCUUACACUGGAGGUGGCCAAGCCAUUCGCGUCACCAGUAAACCUGCGGGACUACCCUCUGUACUGCACUGUGGUGGCUUACCUCACUGACCUCAGCACAAUCCGCAAACGACUGGAGAACCGCUUCUACAGGCGGAUUUCUGCAUUAAUGUGGGAGGUGCGCUACAUUGAACACAACGCACGCACUUUCAACGAACCGCAGAGCCCCAUUGUAGCAUCUGCCAAGGUGGUGACUGACGUUCUCCUGCACUACAUUGGGGACCAGAGCUGCACAGACAUCUUGGAUCUGUAUCACAAACUGAAGUAUGAGAUCAGCAGCGGAGGAGAAGCUGAGGCUGAGUUGGAUGUGGACUCUGACACUCCAGGAACAUCUACAGGACAUCGGGGAUCUAACCCGAAUUCUAAGAAACGUGGUGUGGCUUUGGAUGUGAAAGCAUGGCGAGGUCAAUGCCGAGAGCUGCUGCGUCGAAUGAAGGCCUCGCCGGAUUCAGAACCUUUCAGACAGCCUGUGGAUCUCUUUGAGUAUCCGGACUACCGAGACAUCAUUGACACUCCCAUGGAUCUGGGUACAGUGUCAGAGACGCUGGUUGAAGGGAAUUAUGAAAACCCAAUGGAGUUUGCCAAAGACAUCCGCCUCAUUUUCAGCAACUCCAAAGCAUACACACCUAACAAGAAAUCACAGAUCUACACCAUGACCCUCAGCUUGUCGGCCUUCUUUGAAAAACACAUCAUCGCCAUCAUCUCUGACUACAAGUCAGCCCUUCAGAAUGAACGGCGGUCUCGUCAGAGGCUCAGUUACAGGGACAGAUUGCACAACGGAGGCAGCUCCCCGCCUAUUAGUCCAUCCCCCAGUCAUAAAGGGAAGCACAAGUCAGGGAAGGUGUCAAAGCCAAAAAAAUCCCAGACCUCAACCAAGAAUCGUUCUCAGAGACCACAUCAGGCUCAGCAAAGCAGCAGUGUAGCAGAGGAAGAGGACACGCAGCCUUCUUCUCCAAGUUCAGGGACGAGCAGCGAGAGCAGAGACCAGGGGCCACACCGCGUGACCCGCAGCCAAGCAACUCCAGAGAAGAAGUCAGGGCACCAGCGUAACUUGCAUCUAAGUAACGGCUCCAGACAGCGCCACAGGCGAGAAGCGCAACAGUCUGACGACAAUGAGGAGGCGUCCGGAUCCAACAGCUCCUCGUCAGAAUCGUCUUCCACCUCAUCAUCAUCAUCCUCUUCCUCGUCGUCGUCGGACAGUGACAACAGCUCUGAUUCUGAGAUGGAGAAGUACGUGGAAGGUGGAGAUCACGACUACAGCAAAGCCCCCUGCCUUUCAGUACGCCUCUCAGCUAAGGGUAAGGUGGCGGCCUCAGGGAAGAGGAGACACAAGGGAGAAAAGGACGAGGCACAGAGACCUAAAAGAGCACGAGUGCAGCUGCCGGUAGAGGAUGAGGAUGAGGAUGAGGAUGAUGAAGAAGAAGAAGAAGAGGAAGAGGAGGAAGAGGAGGAGGAGGAGGAGGAAGAGCAGCUGCAACAGCAACCAGUGAUUGUAAGACAAGAAGAGGAUGAGGGAGAGGAGGAGGAGCCUGAGGAGGAGGAGGAGCCUGAGGAGGAAGAGGAGGAGCCUGAGGAGGAAGAGGAGGAGCCUGAGGAGGAGGAGGAGGAGCCUGAGGAGGAGGAGGAGGACAACUCUGCGGUGCAGAAAGGUGCUGCAGCGGCAGCAGCAGCUUGCAGUCCGAAAGGCAACCAGUCCAAGUCUCGGCGGGUCAAUACACGCAACCAGGGCCGCAGAACAGUUCUGUACAGGGACGACUCAGAGGACGAUGGCCAUGGGUCAAAAGAAGACCCCCUCAACCUGGGUAUGUCCCGCUCAGGACGGGUACGCCGUAUGACUGAGAAAGCCCGUGUCAGCCACCUCAUGGGCUGGGGUCACUGACACCUCGCCACUUUUCAAACCUCAAUAAAAACAGCUGUUAAACAUGAGUAAUACUUCAGGGAUUUUUUUUCUUUCUUUUUGUACAAGUGUGUAUAUAUAAAAUAUAUAUAUAUAUAUAUAUGGUUUUUUCAGACUGCUUAUGACUGUCAAACUGAUAGCUGGUGCUCAUGAGAUGUUGCCAAGGAGUUUGCUUCCCUGGUCAACAGAGCUACUGUUCAACACGGACCUUCUCCAACUGGACUAACUCACCUCGGCCUUACUGCUCGCUGGAGGAGUCUUUAAGACACGGCACUGCUCUUCUUCUCCUCCUCCUUGUCCUGUGCGUUCCACGUCCAGUACUAAACACUAUACCCCGCCUCCUUUCUACUCCCCUCGCCCCACCCACAACUUUUCUUACUCCUGGUCACCAAAGAAGGAUGCGGAGAUGCCAAAAAAUGGUGCUCAUAUUUUAUUUCUCUGUUGUGUUGAUUUUUCUCAACAAGUAAAUUUAACAAAGCGUUUCAUGCCAGUGGUCACUAAUCCAGACUCGACCACCAUGUAAUCACUUAAGGUCACUGAUGUCAACUUUUUUGGUACUUGGUCUUUCCACACAACCACAAGCCUUAGUUUUCAGGGCUCACAUCAGUCAGAUUUUAUUCUUUCUGUGGCUGGAGUCAUGACAAGUGUAGUUCGGGCACUAGCAAUACUGAGGAAUCAGACUGAAGUCAGUAGAAUACAGUACUAUAGUAAUACCCCAGCUCCUACAGCCGUUGGUGGACAACUUGACGCCCUUGGCCUGUGAAUGUUUAAUGUUUUCCCUUCUUCCCUUUUGGUGGUGUUGACUGUUUUAGGCUCUUCAAUUCUGGUUUUUGGUUAGAAUUGGGUGCUUGUAUGUGUUGUUUCUUUUUUUGAUUUUUUAUUUUUUUUUUUCUUGGGUAAAAAAGCCACUGCGUCCAGUUUGUGUUUGUACUGUUGUGCGCCCUUGAUGGAUCAGAGUUGCAUCUGUUCAUGGUUGCUUCCACAACACCUUCUCCACUCAGCAUGUGCAAAAGCAAGGGGUCCCUGGCCUACUCUCUUACACAGAAAUAUUUAUUUUUCCAUUGUACUAUACCUGGGUUACUUUAACUAUUUUGUACAUUAAUAGUGAUGAGAAAAGGAAAAUAUUUGCACAUUUAUCUACUCCACGUGGCAGCUGAGUAAUACAAAUAUUAGAGGAGGAGAGACCUCAUGAUUUUUGUGUAAGAUUGUUUGAACUGUGCCAGCACACAUUACUUUGGUCUUUCUUUUAUUUUUAACAAGUAGCAAGUUAAACCUGUGUAUGGUGAAGAUGAAGGUCUCAUCUGAUUGGCAAUCUUAUUCAUGCUUUCUUUUGGCGUAAAGCAAAGGUAGCAACCAUGGAUAAGCCCUUUGUUAUUAUGUUGCCAUCCCCCCCCCCCCACCUCUUGUUUCUUAACAUCUGUGGUCUGAUGGGUUUUCUAGCUUCGGGUAGAUCAACUGCGCGCAUGAUUGCUUUUCCCAUAAUGUACUACAAUUUUACAAAUUUAGUUGGUGUCAGAAUCACUGUGUCCAGUUUAAAGAGUGAUUCUAGGCCUCCCUUGUGGGAUUACAACAAAACGGGUGCACCCUUUUUUGUUUUUCUUUUUUUACACCAAUAAUGUUUACUUUAAAGCUUGUGCAGUCGUCGGUUGGUAAAUCAAUUGAGUCAGUGUCCAGUCAGGAGAAACCAGGAAAGCUGACUCUCAAAAUCUCAUUUUAACACUGGUUGCUCUUAUCCAAACACACCACCUCAUCAGUCUGCCUCUGUGUGGUCACUGAAAUAAGAGAGGCCUCAGAGGUUAUUUUGUUGUUUUGUCUUUAUUAUUUUUUGGGGGGGGGGCGAGCUAAAGAGUUUGGUUUGUGUUGGUUUCUCAGAGAUAAAAAAAAAAAAAAAAAAAAAAGAAAUACUAGGGUGCUCCGAGCGGCAGCAUUAACUGGCGUCUUGAAAUUAUUCUGGUUGAGUGUGAGAAGACUAAGAUUCAUAUUUUGGAAUCUUAUUUUCGUAUAGUAGAUGGCUCUUAGUCUUGCCUCAAUAUCAGAUUAGUUGAUGACAAAUACAACAGUAAGAUUCUACUGUAGGUGGAAUGAGCUUAUGUGACUGUCUUUUAUACACAAUGUUUUGAUUGUAUGUGUUUUCUUUUUUUAAUUAAAAACAGAUUUCUCAAAAUGAA